AUGCCUGGGUCCGACGACGACCGCCCUGAACGCCGGCGCCGAGAUAGGUCGCAAGACUCGCAAGACGACCACUAUUCGAGCUCAAGAAGACGCGACCAAGACCGCCGGAGCUCUCACCGGGACAGCCCUCGACGGAGAUCAUCCCGCAGCCCAGCUGAAAGAACCAGUCGCCGAAGUGAUCGUGAUCGACCUCGCCGUGAGCGCAGAGAGCGAUCCUCAAGCUUAGCUGGUGAAGACCGCCGCAGGCACAGACACCGCAGCCAUCGACAUCAUGAUACCCGGGACGAAUAUGAAGCACGAUCUUCUCGGAGGCAUCGUCGUACGCGAUCACGAUCUCGCUCUCGCUCACCCCAAAGAUCACGCAGCCCUCCACCCCGAGCAUUGGAACGACGCGGUCCCCUCCCCUCACAGUCCGACGCAUUCACCGACGUGGCGCACCCUUCAGAUGCACCGGCGCCAGAAAAGCAAAAGCCGAACUUCAACCCCACUGGUAGACUCGCAGCCGAAAGCAAUACAAUUCAAGUCCAGGGUGGUACGGAGAUAGUUUUGAAAUACCAUGAGCCCCCAGAGGCGCGCAAGCCGCCCCCCCAAGGAAGCUUGGCGCAUGUAUGGCAAGACUUGUUGGAAACGGUCGAAUUGAGUGAACGCAGUUGCUGGCUGGUUGGUCGUGAGCGAAUGGUGGUAGACUUCCCACUCGACCAUCCCAGCUGCUCGAAGCAGCAUGCAGUGCUACAAUUCCGAUUUGUUGAGAAGCGCAAUGAAUACGGCGAUCGCAUCGGCAAGGUCAAGCCUUAUCUUAUUGAUCUUGAGAGUGCAAAUGGAUCGAGCGUUAACGGAGAGACUAUCCCUGGUGGUCGUUACGUGGAAGUCAUGGAUAAGGACGUGAUUCGCUUCGGUCUAAGCUCGCGCGAAUACGUCCUCAUGCUGCCUCCCAGCUGA